AUGGCCGCCAUGUCGCUCGGCUUCAUCGUCCUCGUGACGCCCUGGACGCUGCAGGAGGUCGUCGCAGCGUGCACGGGUUCCAAGGCGCCGCCGUUCCUGGACUUCCUGGCGACGUGGCUGGCGCUGAGCCACAGCUUCUGGAGCCCGUUCCUCUUCUGGCUGCUCGACGGCCACUUCCGGCGCGUCUGCCGCACCCUGCUGCUCACCAAGAGCACUUGCCCGCGAAAGGCAAAGGUCCCGAGUUCGAGUCUCGUUCUGAUGGAAUGUUGUCUACUCCCGGGCAAGGCGCGCUGCCCCGGCUCGCCGCGGGACCUGGAGUGCCUGAGCGAGCAGCGCUGGGGCGAGAUCCUGGAGCGCGCCGUCUCCUCCAGCAGCCUCCAGGCGCUGCAGAGGCUGUACGGGCCGCCAGAGCUGCCGCCCCCGGCGCCGCCCCCGCGAGCGCUGCCCGAGCCGCCGCCCCCCGCCGGCUCGCACAUGUGA